AUGUUUUUUUACCGAUUUAAAAACCUAUUUUUCCGUCCGACGUUGAACGAUAGUAAAUCUACAGCCGAAUCAACAUCCUCGUCCAGGCGAGUACCAGGCGAAAUACGGCCAGAGGAAGAACAACAAAAUAUGGAAAAUGACGGUGGUGAAGAAGUCACAUUGAUUUGGUUUGACAAAUAUGUGGACCAUUUAGCUGAAGAAGAUGUUCAACGAACGAAACAACGGCUGCAAGAAAUAAACAAUUAUUUUCUGUUUUUUACGGAGCAAGAUGCAUUUCUGGAUUAUUUAAGAAUGAAAGAAACAGAAAAAAUACUUGCGGUUGUCGGCGGCUCGUCUAUGGACGCUGUUCUUCUUGAUCAUAUGCAUUCGUUGUCCCAGGUAGAUGCCAUAUUUUUGUUGUAUACUACGAAAGACGACGUCGACGAGUGGAGCGAUAAGUAUACGAAGUUGAUGGGCUGUUACAAAGAUCAAUCGGAAAUGUUGGAUGAUAUUGAAAAAAAUGUGAAAAUGAUGUUGAAACAAACGGCCGCAUUUUCAUUGUACGAUCAAAAGCAAAAGGCUACGAGAGAUUUGACAAGUGAAUCAGGCUCAUUUCUGUUCUUUCAACUGUUCAAAGAUGUUCUGCUAAACAUGGAAAUGACCGAUACGGCAAAACAGGAAAUGAUUACGAAAUGUAGCGGCUACUAUCGUAACAAUCGAAAAGAACUACGGCACAUAGAGCUCUUUGCAACGACGUAUAAGGCGGUCGAGGCCAUUGAAUGGUAUACAAAAGAAUCGUUCGUCUUCCGUUUAGUUAACAAAGCACUUCGUACCGAAGACAUCGAAGCACUGUACACGUUUCGAUUCUACGUUGUCGAUCUUUGCCGACGUUUGUCGUUGAAACACAAAGAGCUGAUUGAACGGCAAGAAAACCUGGGCGAACCUAUUUUGAAACUCUAUCGGGGUUUGCAACUACCAGUGGAAGAAAUAAACUCAAUGCAGCGCAAUGUUGGCAGUCUGAUAUCACAAAAUGGAUUUCUGUCGACGAGUAGAUCUAGGAAAGUCGCGCAGGAUUUCGCUCUUACGCCCACAACGAGGCCGAAUGUGCUCCCAGCUCUAUUUGAAAUAAGUGCAAAUGUAAGCCAAUUGAAAACAAUUGUGCUGGCGGAUAUUGCGGAAUAUAGUGCAUUCCCGUUCGAAGAAGAAGUAUUGUUCGACUUAGGUAUGAAAUAA